AUGGAUACGCGGACUCUCUCCGAGCAGCUAGCUGCUGCCCAUUCGCAUUCUCAAUCAUGUACGACCAAGGACUCAGUCGCGUCGCUCGCCGGCAACCACUCGAGAUCGCUGUCGUCCUCCAAUAAGACCGUCCCUUCGCUCCCUCCCAACCUGUUACCCUCGGCUCCGGCUUCUCCUCCCACCCCGGCUCCGAGUCCGACCCCUCACCACCGACCCCCCCUGUGGGCGUCCGACGAGGAUGACGACGCCUUUCUCCUCAACGCUCGCAUCCAGUUCAGUUCGUUGUCCAACCCCAAGAAACAACGGUUUCUGGAGGGGAUCUUGGGUCUGUGUGAUAGUCAAAAUCUCAGUUUUGUGUCGAGCUACGUGGGUCCUCGUUUGAGGAAAGACCCCUUUCUGGUUUUUCCCGACGAACUGUGUCUGAGGGUCCUCUCGUUCAUCGACGACCCCAAGACCCUCGCACGAGCAUCUCAAGUGUCAUACCGGUGGCGAGAUCUGUUGUGUGACGAUAUUACGUGGAAGAACCUUUGCGAAAAACACGCCUACGCAUCGCGGAGGCUGUCGGACGAUCGAGACUUUGUCGACCCCUUCCACAACCAGUCGUUUCACCCGCUGUCCAGUUCAACUUCUAUGGGAGCACUGCGGAGAGCCUCCCACUCAUCGAAUCUUCAGUCCCGGGGCGGUAUCCCGACCCUCCCACGGUCGUUGUCCGGAGACUGGCUCUCAUCGGCCUCUCUCCCGUCACGGAAACGCCGGAGUCGCCCGCUGUCCUACCGAUCGCACUUCAAACAAAAGUACAUGGUGGAGUCAGCCUGGAAUCGGGGUGGGCGGUGCACCCAGCGGCACAUCACUCCUGACCAAGGGGUAGUGACCAGCUUGCACCUAACCCCCAAAUACAUCGUCGUCGCAUUGGAUAACGCCAGGAUCCAUGUGUAUGAUACCAACGGUGAUAACCAAAGGACCCUCCAGGGGCACGUGAUGGGCGUAUGGGCCAUGGUUCCGUGGGAUGACAUCCUUGUGAGCGGGGGUUGCGAUCGGGAGGUCCGGGUGUGGAACAUGGCUACGGGGGCUUCGAUGUAUCUUCUACGGGGACACACGUCCACGGUCCGUUGUCUCAAGAUGUCCGACAAGAACACGGCUAUAUCCGGAUCCCGAGACACCACCCUGCGGAUAUGGGAUUUGGCGACCGGCACCUGCAGAAACGUCUUGGUCGGGCACCAAGCGAGCGUGCGAUGCCUCGCGAUCCAUGGGGACCUGGUCGUGUCUGGCAGCUACGACACGACGGCGCGUAUCUGGACGGUCAGCGAAGGACGGUGCCUACGGACGCUGUCCGGUCAUUUCAGUCAGAUCUACGCGAUUGCAUUUGACGGCCGGAGGAUAGCAACGGGCAGUCUGGAUACCAGCGUGCGGAUCUGGGACCCGCAGUCCGGCCAGUGUCAGGCCAUCCUCCAAGGACAUACAUCGCUCGUCGGGCAACUGCAGAUGCGUGGCGACACGCUGGUCACCGGAGGAUCCGAUGGCUCUGUUCGUGUCUGGUCUCUGACUCGAAUGGCGCCAAUCCACCGACUGGCCGCCCACGACAAUAGCGUGACGAGUCUCCAGUUCGACAGUUCUCGCAUCGUCAGCGGCGGGAGCGAUGGCCGGGUCAAGGUGUGGAGUCUGCGAACCGGGCAGCUGCUCCGGGAACUAUCCACCCCCGCAGAGGCGGUCUGGCGGGUUGCGUUCGAGGAGGAAAAGGCGGUCAUCAUGGCCAGCCGUUCUGGUCGUACUGUGAUGGAGGUGUGGACCUUUUCGCCGCCUCCCGAGGAAAUACGUGACGAAGCGGCGAUCAUCGAGAGUGCCUGCAGUACGCCGGGAUUUGUUUCAACAAGUAGUAAUCAGCGCCAGCUACUGGGUUCCGACCCUACCCCGGCGCUCUCCCAUAGCGACAACGACCAUUCGAUGGAGGAUGCCCCGAUGUCUUGA